CAGGAGGAACACGCGCUGACUUCAGGUGGAGCCUGCCAUGACCUAUGGAGCAGGAUGCAGGAGGAAAGCUACGUAAAUAUUCUUGUACUGGAGCCUGAAGAAGCACCGCAAGCUGUUAGUGGGGUGCAGCCCCCCAGUAAGUGCCUGUCCUAUUCCACAGGGAGGUUUAGAAAUGGAGCCACCGGACUCUGCAACAUCGGGACGACAAGCUGCCUUAAUCCGCUGCUACAGACACUCUAUAUGAAUAAGGAGUUUACGGGGAUCCUGUGCAGGAUUGGUGACCCAGAUGACAACAUGCCCCCAGACAGCCGACUACCCUAUGAGCUGCUGGCACUCUUUGAAGAAAUGCAGAACAGCAAAGAAGAUGCAGUGGCCCCAUACCGCUUCUUACACCACCUGCAGAUCCUCAGAGCAACUGUAUAUACCCAGAAUGAUGUUGCUGAAGUCUUUUCUACCCUACUGAGCCUUCUACUUCGGACAACACCCAACCCUCAACUGACAGAGAAGAUGAGAGCAUUGUAUACCAUUCAAUUGGGGGAACGUAUCACAUGUCAGAGGUGUUCCCAGCAGAGGGCUGCCAACAGCGACCUCCUAGCUAUUUCACUCCGAAUCUCCUACUCUAAGUUCCUCAGAAAACUAACAUUGGAGCGCACACUGCGGAGAUACUUUCGGUCACAUGAAACACAUGACGACAGAAACUUGUGCUCCAAAUGUAAAAGUAGCAGAAUAGUGAAGGUGACACACUUAAGAUCGUUGCCACGCACACUAAACAUUCACUUGAAACGCCUGAGCCAAAAAAAUCCGUUGCAGAAGGUCAACAGAACGCUGUCCUUCCCGCCAGUCCUUAAUCUCCGUGAGGUUCUUGAUCCAGAACACCUACCGCCAGAGGAAUAUUCUAUGCUGUGCUAUAAUUAUCGCCUGUUUGCCGUCGUGGCACAUUCUGGCACUGGCGGUCUUGGUCACUUCUGCUGUUACAUCAACAGUCACAAAGAUGGCAGAUGGUAUUUCUUCAAUGACUCCAGCGUGUGCAGGGUGUCCUGGGAUGACGUCAAAUGUACAUACGGGAACACAACCUUCCGCUGGGGAGUGACGGCAUGCCUACUGGUCUACGUACAAUCAGACGCUGCAACAGAUGACACAAAACCUCCCAUGUGACCCCAGGAUGGUAAUACAAUGGACAGUCCUCUGUGUAGUCACUCUGCACAGUCUGUAGAGACCAUGUCACAUGACUAGGCACACUCUACCAGCCAUCAUAGUACAUUGUAAUAUUUCUUUCUAUCGUGGGUGCUAUAUCCUUAUUCCUGACAUAAGCAGAGUGAAAUGUACAUUUGAUGACAUUCUGCUUCUUGAAUAUGGAUGACUUUAUUGUCAUAUUGAGAAAAAUGCAGCAAGUUGACCCAAAAGCCAUUUUUAUAUUUAGCCCAAGUCGGUUAAACAGGAGCCGACCAUCAAUGUGCAAUAACAGCCUCCUGAUGUGGCAAACUUAUGGUGGAUUGGGUUAAUGCCCAUGAGUAGCAGAAGAUACUACCUGUUUGAUCACUCUUAGGUGGGCGGCUAGUGGGGGCAGCCAAUAGACAUACCUCAGGGAGGAAGGUGCCUGCACAACGUACUGCCUGUUUAGUCUAUGGACACCUUGAUUUGUGGACCCAGCCUGACCUUCCCUAGGCAUACUGAAUGGCGCGGGUCCUGCUUUGGUUCAAGUUGAGAAAAUGUCACCUUGCUCAUCAUUCUAAUGUCACGUACAGACGAUCGGAUAGAUUUCCGACGCAUGUUGGCUCAAACUUGUCUUGCAUACACGCGGUCACACAAAUGU